AUGGAUGCACUGGUAACUAGCGAGUUUCUUGCUGAAAAUGAGCCCAUAUUUAUUCUACCAAAAGAGAGUAUGGAUAAACUGUGUUUAGCAACGGCAACAUAUGGUCCAUUCCGGCCUCUUUUUCGGACAUCUGUACCACUUUGGCUUGCAUUGGCUUUCAAGUCAAAAGACAAGUGCACCAUUGUACCGCCUGAAUGGAUGGAUCCUACAUCAUUACAGGACAUGAUGACCCAGGAGAAAAUGCAUGCAGAGUUUAGCGCACUACCAUUUCAUUAUAUCGAGAUUGCCACUGCGCUCUUAGAAAGUGCAUCAGAUGAUAUCCCACAUGCAGAGUUUAUUCGACAGGUGUUUUGUGAUUUAAAGGAAAUUCGUGAGACCAAGAUUCGUGCUGGUAUGGGAGCAUUGGAUGGCCAAUAUCUUCAGAUGAACCAUCUUGGGUCUGUCGAAUUAGAGACAAUCCGGUCUACAUUCUCAACUGCAUUCAACACAUUGCGCGGAUUUUCCUGA